AUGUCCUCUGCCGCCCCAGUUGCCCACGAUGCAGCAUGCAUCUUUUGUAAGAUCAUUAAAGGUGAGAUUCCUUCAUUCAAAUUGAUUGAAACCAAGUACACUUUCGCAUUCUUGGACAUUCAACCUACUUCUAGAGGUCAUACUCUGGUUAUUCCAAAGUACCAUGGUGCCAAACUACAUGAUAUUCCCGAUGAAUAUUUGAUGGAUAUCUUACCAGUUACCAAGAAAUUAACUAAGGCCCUUGGUUUAGAUCAAUUAGACAGUUCCAAGGGGUACAAUGUCUUACAGAACAAUGGUAAGCUGGCUCAUCAGGAAGUCGACCAUGUUCAUUUCCAUUUGAUUCCAAAGACCAGCAAGGACGAUGGUUUGAUUGUUGGAUGGCCUGCUCAAGAGACUGAUUUUGCUAAGCUAGGUGAAUACCAUAAGGAACUAAUGGCCAAAUUAGAAAAUUAG